AUGGCAGCACACACGCAAGCGCCGCAUACGGCGUACGUGCAGCUCCCGUCGCUGCUUGAUACGGAUUUGUACAAGUUCACAAUGCAGCAGGCGGUCCUCCAUCAUUUUCCGGACGCUUUUGUGACGUACCGCUUUACGAACCGGUCGCCCCGGAUGCUGUUCACGCGCGCGUGUGUGGAUGCGAUCCGAACGGGCAUAGAGCAUCUCGGUACACUGCGUGUGCGUCCAGAUGAGCUGGCGUGGCUAGAGAGUACGUGCACGUAUUUUCAGCCCGCGUACCUCGCUUUCUUGUCGAGCUUCCAACUGGACCCAGCAUCGCAGGUGACGGUGGAAUUUGUCUUGGCACAGGAUACAGACUCACCCACAUCGCUCAGCGCCGCCAAACACCCCUCGGGAGACGAGUUGGGGUACCUUUCCCUCGAGAUCAAAGGGACGUGGAAAGACAUUAUUCUCUACGAAGUUCCUGUGAUGGCCAUCAUUAGUGAAAGUUAUUUUGCGUAUGUAUGCACCGACUGGACAUUGCAGGGUCAGUGCGAGAUGGCAAUGGAAAAGGCGCGCACGCUCUUGCGCAACGGAGUCGCUUUCUCCGAGUUUGGCACGCGGCGGCGGCGCUCGCUGCAGACGCAUGUGGACGUCCUAGAGGGCCUGGUGCAUGCGGCCGCACAAGUGCAGAGGCAGCCCGGCACGGGACGCCUGCUCGGCACAAGCAACAUGUAUCUCGCGAAACGAUUUGAGCUCGUGCCUGUUGGAACCAUUGCACACGAAUGGACAAUGGCGAUUGCGGCGCUGAAUGGAUACGAGCAUAGUAAUUUGCGCGCGCUGCAGCUGUGGGAUGCAUUGUACCAGCCCCCGGCAUUUACGCCAGAAAAUCUGUCGCAGGACCUCAGCAUCGCGCUCACCGAUACGUUUAGUACGCGCGUGUUUUGGGACGAUCUCUUGUCGGACCCAGCUGGGGUCGAGAUGCUGCGCCGCUGGCGAGGUGUGCGCCAGGACAGUGGUGAUAGCGAGGCGUUCGUGCGACAUGCGGUCGAUGUGUACCGCAAAGCCGGUGUGGAUCCAUCGACCAAACUCGUUGUGUUCUCCGACGGACUCGAUGUCGCACGCUGUCUUUUCCUGCAGCGCUACGCUGCCGAGAUGGGCAUCAUGGCUGGGUUUGGCAUUGGGACGAAUAUGACCAACGACUUUACGUGUGCAUCGCGCCCCGAAGAGAAGAGCAGUGCCUUGAAUAUCGUCAUCAAGCUCGACUCGAUCCAGGGGCGUCACGCUGUCAAAAUCAGCGACGAGCUGACAAAGAAUACGGGCGAUCCUACACAAGUGGCCUACGUCAAGCGCCGCUUUGGCCUAGAUGCCGUGGAGGAUGCGUGA